GCCAGCCCCAGACCCGAGUUAGGCGCUGGUCGGCGGCCCACAAGUCGCACGCAUGGUCGUCGCCACGAUCGACAUCUCGCCCUUCGCAAACCCGGCGGCGCACGACGACGCCGCUCGCGCGCGAGCUGCUGCGGAUUGGGACCGCGCGAUGAGUGACGUGGGCUUUGCUGUCGUCGCGGGCCACGGCGUCGCGCCAGAGGUCGUGGGGGCGCUGCGGUCCGCGGCGCACGAGUUUUUCGAGCGGAGCGCCGAGGCGAAGGCUGCCUACUGCCACGGUCCGUACGGCAACCCCCUCGGCGGCUACACCGGCAUCGGCACCGAGGCUGUCUCACGCACGCGGGACACGCACGGCGGCGACGGCGGCCGCAGCGCCGGGGCGAGCGCGGCGGCGCCGCCCGACUUGGUGGAGUCCUUCAUCUUCAAGCCGGCCUCCCCCGCGGCGGCGCCGACUUGCCUCGAUAAGCCUGCCUCGGCCUACCACAGCGAGCUGCUCCGAGUCCUCGGCUGCCUGCACCAGCUCACCGCCGCCGCGCUCAGCCUGCCGGCAGACUACUUUGAGCGCUUCUACUCGCCGCACGCCGAGGUGUCGCUGCGGCUCGCCUACUACCCCGCCCUCUCCGCCUCGGAGCAGGCCUCCUCCGCCGUCCGAUACGGCGAGCACACCGACUACACCGGCUUCACGCUCCUCUCGCAGGACGAGAGCGACCUGGGCGAGGAAGGCGCGGGCGGGCUGCAGGUCAAGCUCCGCUCCGGGCACUGGCACGCCCUCCAACCCGUGCGCGGCUGCUUCGUCGUCAACAUCGGAGACUUGUACGAGGUGUGGACCAACGGCCGGUGGCGCUCCACCGUCCACCGCGUGAUGAAGCCGCCCGCCGGCAGCGCCUCCGCCGCGGCGCCCCGCCUCUCCAUCCCCUUCUUCACGGGUCCGCAUAACGAGGCGGCGCUGCCCACUUGCGUCGACGAGGAGCACCCGCCGCUGUACGAGCCCGUCCUGGCCAGAGAGCACUUGCGGAGGAAGCUCAGCGCGUCCAACGUGUAG